GCAGCCGUAUUACAUCAACGGCACUUAGAAUAAACGUAAUGGCUUGGUAUCCAAAGGCGCAAGUUGGAAUUAUCUUGCUGCUUUUCUCUCUUGCCUCGAUAUGGUCCGAAGCUCAGGCGAGAAAAUUCCGGAACUACAAGCAUUGCGGCCUAUCGGAACCAAUUCCAAAGAUUAUCAACGGGACCUUCGUAGCAAGGCCGCAAGUUCCAUGGCUGGUUCACCUCAAGAUGAUACCUAGGAAAGGAAAAGCAAAAAGCUGUGGUGGAAGCCUGAUUGCAAGGGACGUGGUUCUGACUGCUGCAAACUGCGUAAAAGACGGGCACAGAUUAUACCGCAAGAUCAUGGCAUACUACAACAGCACCGCGCCAUUCAGUGGUCGUUCUAUUAAGGUUACUAAAGGUAUAGUUCAUGAAAAGUACAGACAUCCUUCUAAGGGUUACGACAUCGCUUUGCUAAAGCUUUCACAACCAGUACCGGAAACUGAUAGGUUCGUGAGGCCUGUAUGCCUUCCGAAACCUGAAGCGAGAACGAGGCCAGGAAGGAUGCUUCUUGCUGGAUUCGGCGUUGCCAUUUUUCAUGGGAAGAAAGCUGAUCGAGUCCUUUAUUACCUGACGAGGGCCUUAUCAGACGAAGAUUGUCGCGUGGCACUGACUCAGCAAUGGCACCGUUGUGUUCACGUGAAAAAGGAACUGCUCAUGUGCUCCAAACAUCGCACUCAGCGGAUGUAUAAGGAAGAUACUGGCAGCCCGGUUACGGCGUACACUCGUAAAGGGAGAAAGAUAAAAUCAUUCCAGUAUGGGAUUGUGUCCUUCUUCGACAAGACCAACCGCGGACCAGCGCCCACUAUACAAACAAGAGUCUCGAAGUACAUGAAUUGGAUCAUCUAUUCCAUCGACAAUAUUAGCAGAUGGAAAAAUAUUGUUAAAUCGAGGUGACAUGACUGAUGUCAAGGAUUCAAAUAUGUGGCACAGACCUGUGAGAAACACAUAGUAAGAAAUAAUAAACUCACAUUAGAC